AUGAAAGUUAUCAAUCUGAAAAAGGAUUCUUUCAACAAGGGAGGAGCAGUAAUUACUCUGUUACCGGAGGACAAGGAAGAUUUGUUUACGAUUUACCAAAUUGUGGAUAAAGAUGACGAGUUGAUAUUCAAGAAAAAGUUUACAUCUAAGCUUGAUGAAGCUGGUAAGAAGAAAAGUACAGAUUUAGUUAAAUUGAAGAUCAAAGUAAUAUCUGAGGAUUUUGAUAUGAAAGAUGAGUAUCUAAAAUACAAAGGUAUUACUGUUACCGAUGAAAGUGGGAGUAGUAAUGUCGAUAUACCUGUUGGUAAAUAUUUGAGCUUCACCCUAGACUAUGCAUAUCCCUUCACUAUUAUAAAACAGAACUUUAAUAAAUUCAUGCAAAAGCUUUUAAAUGAAGCCUGUAAUAUUGAAUAUAAAUCAGAUACUGCAGCAGUGGUUCUACAGGAGGGGAUCGCCCACGUUUGUUUAGUGACGGCCUCCUCUACUAUAUUAAAACAAAAAAUUGAGUAUAGUAUGCCAAAAAAGAAGAGAACCACUGAUGUAAUGAAAUUCGAUGAGAAAACCGAAAAAUUCUAUAAAUCUAUUUACAACGCGAUGAAAAAAGACCUAAAUUUUGAAAAGUUAAAAACUAUCAUUCUUUGUUCUCCUGGAUUUUAUGCUAAGAUCUUGAUGGACAAAAUUCUACAGUAUGCUGAAGAGGAACACAAUAAGAAAAUACUCGACAAUAAAGAAAUGUUCUUUAUUGCCCAUUGCUCCACGGGCUAUUUACAGGGCAUUAAUGAAGUUUUAAAGAAUCCAUUAUACACUUCAAAGCUCCAAGAUACAAAAUACUCUAAAGAGAUCAUUGUGAUGGAUGAAUUUUUGUUACACUUAAAUAAGGAUGAUGAUAAAGCUUGGUAUGGUGAAAACGAAGUUGUUAAAGCUGCAGAUUAUGGGGCGAUUAAUUAUCUAUUGUUAACGGAUAAAAUUUUGCAUUCAGAUAAUAUUGCACAGAGGGAGAAGUAUUUGCAACUAAUGGAUUCUGUUGAGAGUAAUGGGGGAAAAACAUUGGUGUUAAGCACUUUGCAUUCUCUCGGAGAAGAACUUGACCAACUGACAGGUAUAGCUUGCAUUCUCAAGUAUCCACUUCCUGAUCUUGACGAAGAUGGUGAGGAAUGA